AUGAAGCGCCAAUAUGUGAUUGGGAGUGUUGCCAAGGAUCUCAAGAUUGAUGUUAAACAAUUGUCUGCUCGAAAGGCCCGGAUUGACACAGAAGAUAGCAGCAAGCGGUACUGUGAUAUUAAUCUGAAUACUGGUGAUUUAAUUGUGGCAGAGACAAUAGACCGAGAGGAGCUUUGUGGUUCUCGAAUCUCCUGCGCUCUCAGUUAUGAGCUCGUCCUGGAAAACCCUCUUGAAAUACACCGUGUAUUUCUGAAUAUUCAGGAUGUCAAUGAUAACGCACCUCGUUUUCCAAAUGAUCGUAUUAACUUUGAAAUCACAGAAUCAGCACUUAAAGGCCAGAGAUUCCGUUUGCACGAGGCACAUGACUCAGAUAUUGGACAAAACGCAGUUAAAGGAUAUUCACUAGAGAAAAACACAAAUUUCGUUUUGAAUGUACAUGAUACUGCAGAUGGAGGAAAAUACGCAGAACUUGUAUUGGAAAAGGAGUUGGAUCGUGAACAACAGAAGGUGAUUGAAUUGAUACUCACAGCAACUGAUGGUGGUACACCACAGAGGUCUGGCACUGCUGUCAUACACAUCACUGUUCUAGAUGCUAAUGAUAAUGUUCCAGUAUUUAGUCAGCCUGUUUAUAAAGUGUCUCUGGCUGAAAAUACACCUGCAGGAACAGAAGUAAUCAGAGUGAGCGCCACUGAUGCUGAUGAAGGUCCAAACGGGGAAGUAACUUAUGAAUUCAGUCGAAUAUCAGAUAAAGCUGCAAAAUUAUUUUCUAUUGAUAAGAUAACUGGACAAAUUGUGGUGAUCGGAGAAAUUGAUUAUGAAAAAGAAAAUAACUAUGAAAUGGGAAUACAAGCUAAAGAUGCUUCUGGAUUAUCAUCAGCUGCUAAAGUGAUCAUAGAUAUAAAUGACGUUAAUGACAAUGCACCUAAAAUCAUUAUUAAAUCUUUGAAUAAUCCGGUACCUGAGAGUUCUGUGCCAGGUACUGAGGUGGGUAUCAUUAAUGUCCAAGACAAAGAUUCAAAAGAAAACCGUCAGAUUCGUUGCUCUGUUCAGCAAAAUGUUCCUUUCAAGCUGAACCCAUCUGUUAAAAACUAUUUCUCUCUAGUAACUACAAAUGCUCUAGAUCGAGAGAAAGAAUCAGAUUACAACAUAACUAUCACAGCCACAGAUGGAGGAUCUCCACCAUUAUCCACUUCAGUGAUAAUACAGUUAUUUGUCUCAGAUGUGAAUGACAAUCCUCCUGUAUUUGAGCAGCAGUCCUACACUGCUUAUGUAAGUGAAAACAACAAACCAGGCACCUCUAUUUGUUCUGUUAGUGCAAAAGACCCAGACUGGAGACAGAACGGCACUGUACUGUACUCUCUGGUACCCAGUGAAGUCAGAGGUGUUCCAGUGUCCUCACUGUUAUCUAUCAAUGGUGAUACAGGAGUGAUCCAUGCCGUAAGGUCAUUUGACUAUGAGCAGUUCAGAAACUUCACCGUCCAAAUUAAAGCCAAAGACAAUGGUUCUCCUCCCCUCAGCAGCAACGUGACUGUGAAAGUCUUCAUAACAGAUGAGAAUGAUAACUCUCCACAGAUAUUAUACCCUGUUCCAGACGGAAAGUCUCUGAUGACUGAACUGGUCACUAAAAUGGCUCUUUCAGGCUCUCUAGUCUCCAAGGUGAUUGCUGUGGAUGCUGAUUCUGGACAGAAUGCAUGGCUGUCCUAUCAGAUUGUGAAGUCUACUGAUCCGGGACUUUUCACCAUCGGUCUUCAUAGUGGACAGAUCAGAACACAGCGAGACAUUUCUGAAUCUGAUAGCAUGAAGCAGAACCUUGUCAUUUCAGUGAAGGAUAACGGGCAGCCCUCUCUCUCUUCAACCUGCACUGUAUAUUUACUCCUUUCUGACAAACUUUCUGAAGUCCCAGAACUUAAAGAUAUGACUUACGAGGACAACAAUUCUAAAUUAACAUCAUACUUGAUAAUUGCAUUAGUUUCCGUCUCCACCUUCUUCCUCACAUUCAUCAUACUUAUCCUCGCUUUGAGGUUUUGUAAAAGGCAAAAGCCCAGACUGUUGUUUGAUGGAGCAGUCGCAUAUGCAGAGGUGUAUGGAGGAGAAACUCUCCGCAGUUCUUACAAUUACGACACGUAUCUAACAACGGGCUCGCGCACCAGUGACUUCAAGUUUGUUAGAUCUUAUAAUGAAAACACACUUCCUGCAGGUGGAACUCUGAAAAACGAACACAACAGACAAUUUGGCCAAAACAUGAUAACACUUGAUGUAACAGGAAAUGAAGAUGAGGUAAGAGAGGUUUAA